AUGGCUUUCCAAACCCUCAAUCUCGAUGUCGUCGAGAGCAUUCUGUCCCACAUCGCUCCGCUGGAAGCCCUACCGCUGAUGACAACUUGUCGUGCGCUACAUGUACCAGCGACACGGCGAUUUCUGUCCGCAGUCGAAAUAUGCUGGGACGGCUACCUCGAGUGCCAUGAUCAUGCGCAGUUUUGUGACUACAUGCUCGCCGAUCCGCAACCUCGUGCUCAAUGUCUGCGAGAAUUGACCCUGUCUCUUAUUCUCGAGCCAGACAUAUCACACCCCUCUGGCAUGCCUCUCCAGGACCGCCUCGCGGAAAUCGUUCGUCACGCGACGGCCUUGCGCAAAAUCUUUCUGUUGACCGCGAACGACACAUUCACCCAGAGUUGUCCCGCACUUGUGGAUGCAAUCGCCGAGGCAAAGUCACUCAAGGUUAUACACUUCCUCCACGUCGAUCUCAGUGGCAUCGCAUUACUUUCGCGCAUGAAGAGCCAGCUGGUGUCAGUGACAUGCAAAAUGGAUCGUGGAGCUGCCACGACCGUGACGCAAGUGCAAAAGCCGAUGCGUUUCCUACGCAACUUCGUCGAGUGUCUGACAAAGGUCACCCUCAACGAGGCGCUCGAUGUGCUGAUAGCGGAUGCGAAUCCGAAAGGUGUAUGGCCUCGUGUCCAGGAGCUCGUGUUGGGAGAUGGGGAGAUCAGGCCCGAACACUGGCGGCCUGUCUGCCGUGCGUUUCCCAACAUACGCACCCUGCGCGUGCGAGCGGCAUCGGUCGAUGUUACGGGUGCUCACGCCGAGUGGCCCAAAUUGGACUUGGUUCAGACGAGGAGUCCACUGCCUCUACAAUGCCAUGUACGCAACGUCAAGGUCGACGAUGGCAAUGACGAGGAGCCCUUGCCAGGGAACAACCACGAUGCCGCCCAGUAUUUCGAGAUGCUUCGUCGCGUUUCGCCUGUUACGUUAACCUACUACCACGACCGCAAGCUCCAUGCCGAGAGUAUCGCCAACGUAGCACUGUAA